AUGAAGACUACUGCCGCGAUCCUCUCGCUCGGCGCUCUGGCGCUAGCUGCGCCAACACAAGAGACUCAAGGAACAAAGGUCGAGUACUCGCGCAAACGCCACGAGCAUCAGAAGAGAGAAGAUGGAUCCGUCGACACUCAAUGGUUCUUGGGAAACUUCAAGAAGACGCUGUUGAAAUAUGAUUCCAACUUUGAGCUGCCGGAUGCUCUGCAAAACGUCCCCGCCAUUCUGAAGAGAGAUACCGACGCCAACGAGCCUCUGACCGAUCAGAGUCAGGACGGUCUGGAUUCGUUGUAUUACGGUGCUGGCCAAGUGAACACCCAGACGUUCACCUUUGACUUCGACACCGGUUCUAGCGAUACUUUUGUGCCUGGGCCAACCUGCGGUACUCAGCAAGGUUGCGUUGGCAAGACAAAGUACAACGAGAGGGGUGUCGACCGAGGCAACACUACCAGCAUCACAUAUGGCUCCGGUCAAGUGACUGGCGAGAACUACCUCGACGAUGUAACUAUUGCUGGCCUGACUGCCACACGCCAGAACGUCAUCUCUCUCACUCAGGCCGAAGGCUUCGCCAACUCAGCUUCGGAUGGGUUGAUGGGAAUGGCUUUCCAGUCCAUUGCGAAUAGCAAGUCGUCUCCGUACUUCUUCACUCUGGUGGAUCAGGGCAAAGUCAGCCCAUCCGAGUUCAGCUUUUACCUCGGACGCGCGAAGUCGAACACUGGAGGCAAGAGCGAGAUGACACUCGGUGGACGUGACUCCUCCCGGUACACCGGAUCGUUCACUCCUGUUCCCGUCUCCUCGCAGACAUACUGGCAGGUGCCCAUCGAUGGCGUCACCGUCAACAAGAACGCAGCCCUCCCAACAACCGCAGGCCAAGCCGCAAUCGACACCGGAACGACCUUGAUCAUCGCCCCCAACGCGGCCGCCCUGUCGAUCUUCUCACAGAUCCCUGGCUCCGUUCCCCUUCCACUCGGAGGAGCCGUCACCCUCUUCGCCUACCCGUGUGCGUCCAAGCCGACCGUUAACUUGAAGUUCGCCGGCAAGUCAUUCGCCGUCAACCCACUCGAUCUCAACUUCGGCCGCCUCACCGACGACUUGGGCCUGGAUCUUAGUGGGCUUCCCGUUCUCGGUGGUUUGAUUGGGGGACUCUACUGCCUUGCUGGUAUUGCUGGAGCGGACUUCCGGCCUGGCGAGAACUUUUAUAUUGUUGGCGAUACGUUCUUGAAGAACUGGUAUUCUACUUAUGAGUACCAGAGCCCGAGUAAGGCGUUCGUCAACUUUGCGAAGGCUGUUUAG